UAUCGUACGCAACUUUCUUAUAUACGAAUACUAAUUUUCACUCAAAUUGGCAAAACCUCUCCUCUAGAAACAAAACGGUUUUGUCAAAACCAAUACUAAAACUGGAAAAAGAAAAUUCAAACAUGAGAAACUAGUUUACAGUCAAACGAAGGAAGCCAACAGUGCAAUACGCUCGUUUCUCAGUCGAUUUAAUUGAGAUGAAUUCCAUACAGCACUAUAAAACCCUAGGUUUACUAUAAUCUGCAAUUGGGAAUUUUUGAUGAAGUUUGGAACCAAUGUUGUAGAAUUUUCUUGCUGCAAUUUGUUUCUGGGGUUAAUUAUUGUGCAAAAAUGGAAUUAAUAAAGAGGAGGACUUUGGCUUGAUACAUGUACCAGUAUUCAUACUUCCUUGGAAGUCGAAGCAAUUGACUACGCAUCUAGUUGAUGAUUACUGAGGCACAAAAGUUUGCAUGGCUUCACCUAAGGUUUGGUGGGAUGUUGCCAAAAAGUGUUUUACAGUUGGCCUCAUAUCCCUGACUAUUUCUGACCGAUUUUGCUCUAUCACGCAUAUAUUAGGACACUCUAUGUCUCCAACAUUUAAUCCUGCACACAGUACUUUCGAUGACUAUGUUUUGGUGGAGAAAUAUUGCCUCAGGAGGUACAACUUUUCAUGCGGUGAUGUGAUAGUUUUCUCCUCUCCAAGUAAUCACAAGGAAAAACAUGUGAAGAGGAUCAUGGCUAUGCCUGGUGAUUGGCUGACUCUGUCUGAUCCAUAUGAUAUAGUGAAGAUCCCUCAUGGACAUUGUUGGGUGGAGGGAGACAAUUCAGCUUCCAGUGUGGAUUCAAGAUCUAUUGGUCCAGUUCCUCUAGGUUUAGCGCAAGGUAGAGUUACACACAUUUUGUGGCCGCCUCAACGGAUGGGUAAAGUGGAGAGAGUAGUUCCUCAACACAGGCUUUCAUAUCUUUAACUAGGCAGAUUAAAGAGAAGUUUCAUUUUUGGAUUUGGUGCACUUUCUUACUCUGAAAAUUUUGAUAGUAACUCGAGAGAAUAACCGGGCUUAUUUUUUCCUAUGGUUUGUUCUAUGGAUAACUCAUUGCUUUUUUCUUGUUAGUUUUACUGAAAGCUAUAGGCGUUUUUACAAGAUCUAUCAA